CAAAGAUCCACGACACCGAAGAUGUGGAGAAUUGUCUUUGCUGCAACAACGCUUCUUGUAGGAGCGGGUGGCCUGCGGAUCCGGGAACGUCCUACUCGACAGUCCACUCCUACAUCUGUUGUGCAAUGUCCGGCGCUGUCAGCCUCAGCUCACCUGACCCUUAGUUCCAGUGGCACGACAUUUGGGACCGUGGUACUGUUUACCUGUGACCAUGGAUACCAGUUGUUCGGUGCCUCCAGCACUACCUGCCAAGCUGACGGAACAUGGAGUGCGUCUCUUCCAAGUUGCAGAAUAAUGUUACAUCCAUACUGUCAACUUGACAGUAAUCAAGACGGCUAUCCGGAUACGUAUUGGUCCUUGGCGCAACUUGACAGUGAUCAGGAUGGCUAUCCGGAUGUUGCCUUGAUGGAACUUUGGAUGUGUCUGGGUGACCCCUUGCUCGCUUUGUGUUCUAGACAACCUGCUGCUUGUAACCAGACGGAUAACUGUCCAUGGAUCCCAAACAGCGGGCAGGAGGACGCCGAUGGAGAUGGUGUAGGAAACGCCUGUGACGAGGAUGCAGACGGCGACGGUUUCCUGAACAUUUUGGACAACUGCCCCUUGGUUACCAACUUCUACCAGACGGACGUUGAUGGUGAUGAGGUGGGUGAUGCAUGUGACAACUGUCCCACGGACAUCAACACUGACCAGCUGGACACAGACGGUGACGGGUGGGGGGACGCGUGUGAUCAGGACAGCGAUGGGGACGCACUCAUCGACAGCCAGGACAACUGCCCACUCCAGCUCAAUGGCAACCAGGCUGAUUCUGACGGAGAUGGUAUUGGAGAUAUUUGCGACAACUGUCCAAAUGUACCAAACGCGGAUCAGGCCGAUGCAGAUCAAAAUGGAAUUGGAGAAGCAUGUGAAAGUGGAAUUGACAGCGAUGCUGAUGGUGUUCCUAACAAUCUGGACAAUUGCAUGAUGGAGCCAAACAGUGCACAACUUGACGCAGACCAUGAUGGCCAAGGAGAUGCGUGUGACAAUGACGAUGACAACGACACCGUGCAUGAUGAUAUUGACAACUGCCGUCUCGUGCCUAAUAUGGACCAGGCUGACUUAAACGGUUUUGGUAUCGGAGAUGUCUGCAGUCUUGACUUCGACGGGGACGGCGUCAUAGACGCUGAUGACGUGUGUCCAGGAAACAACGUGGUCAGCAGGACAGACUUCAGGAACUACGUCACGGUCAACCUUGGAGUAUCCAACUCUAACUACCCGGCACCGCAUUGGGAGUUUUUCAACGAGGGUGCAGAGAUAACACAGAAUCUGAACAGCAACCCUGGAAUUGUUAUUGGCACGACAAAGUUCGGCAGUGUUGACUACCGCGGAACCUUCUUUGUGAACACGCAGAUUGAUGACGACUUCAUGGGGUUCGUCUUCAGCUAUCAGAGCAACUCCCGCUUCUACCUGGUGUCAUGGAAACAGGCAGGGGACGGCGGUGGUGGGCAACCAGGCGUUCAGCUAAAGCUGGUGAACUCAACGACUGGUCCUAGUCGGGAUCUGGCAUUGGCUUUGUGGAGGGCAGCCGAGGUCCAGGGACAGACGAAGCUGUUGUGGGAAGAUCCGAACAAGCUCGGCUGGAGUUACAAGACUGCUUACCGCUGGGAACUGAAGCAUCUUCCUGCCGUCGGAUUGAUCAGACUGAAGCUGUACGCAGGCCGGCAGCUUGUAGUGGACUCCGGUAACGUCAUGGACCAGUCCCUCCGGGGCGGUCAGCUUGGAGUGUACAGUUACUCACAACAGAACGUCAUCUGGUCCAAUCUCGUCACCAAGUGCGACGACACCUUGCCUCCUGACUACAGUCAGAAGUAGGUUGAUCUUUGCUGGAGAUCAACUACGACAAACCAACGAGAACGCAAAGCUCUUUCUUCACUCUGAUUUUUCCUGACCAGAUCUAGACAGAUGAUAGGUUUGUUGAAGAAGGAAACCCUCUUGAACUGCCCUAAGAUAUGUACUAAUCGUAUGAUAUACAAUGUUGAUAUGUCGUCAUUUGUGACACGUUGAAAUCCUGAUUAUUCUAUGACCAAUGUUUAAUCGCUUGACACUUGAGUAUAAUUUGACUAAGUAAUGAUCCUACAUGAUAUAGAUGAUUGAUAUGUAGCUGAUUUGCACUGCAUCAGAAGACGGUUAUGUAACCAA